GGCAUUGCCAACGGGCGGGGCCGAGCUGUGGCGCGGAGCGGGGCGGAGGACAGGUGGGUUGGAGUCUGGGGCUCCCCGUUGCGGUGAGGAGAAGCGUAGGUGUAGAGUGAGGUGCCUCCUCGGCGUGCCCUGCCCACGGUGUUACCGGCGCUGCCCGCUUCGUACUGUCCUGAAGUGACGCGGCGUGCGCUGCUGGUGCCGCCGUCCUGGCCUGCUGGGGCCCAGCAUGGCAGCGCCGAGUCCGCCCUCAGCCUGUGCAGGACCUUCGGGUAAAAGGCAGGAAGCCAGAGAGAGGUUACAUAACGUAACAGGAAUGGAAGCGGGAGGCGUGUUCACACUGAGCUGUGACAGCGUUGCCCAAAGGAAAACACCAUGAAAACACGUAUUUAGAUGUUAAGAGACGGCGGGGAAUUCAAAAUCAGCAGAGGAUUCAGUGGGGGAGGCAAAGAUUUAUGGCAUACGACAUGGUGGAUCUGUGCUGGAAGCUGUCUGUCUGCUUUUUCUGCUAUCAAGUUGUCUCAGGAAGAGUUAAGAAGGAAGCCCGUUACGUCGCUGCUGUGUAUGAACAUGAGUCCAUCCUGAGUCCUAACCCAACAGCCCUCAUUGAUCGACAGUCUGCACUGGAACUCAUGGGCAGAAACCUGGACAUCUAUGACCAGCAAGUAGCGGCUGCUGCAAGACAGGGGGCACAGAUCAUUGUUUUUCCUGAAGAUGGAAUCCAUGGCUUCAACUUCACAAGAAGAUCAAUUUAUCCUUACUUAGAUUUUGUUCCGCAUUCCAGCUCUGUGAAGUGGAAUCCAUGCAGAGAGAAGUAUUUGUUCAACGACACAGAGGUUCUUCAACGUCUGAGCUGCAUGGCACUGAAGAACAAAAUAUUCCUGGUGGCAAACUUAGGAACUAAGCAACCCUGUAAGCACACUGACCCUCACUGUCCACGUGAUGGAAGAUACCAGUUCAAUACCAACGUGGUGUUCAACGAUGCCGGUACACUGAUAGCCACGUACCGUAAACACAAUCUGUAUUUUGAAUAUGCUUUUGAUACCCCUACAGAGCCUGACUAUAAGCUCUUUGAUACCCCUUUUGCUGGCAAAUUUGGUAUGUUUACUUGCUUUGACAUCCUCUUCUUUGAGCCAGCAGUGAAUCUAAUCAGACAGUACAAUGUAAAACAGAUUGUAUAUCCGACUGCCUGGAUGAACCAGCUCCCACUCCUGUCUGCUGUAGAAUUUCAACAAGCUUUUGCAACAGCUUUCAGCGUCAAUAUUUUAGCAGCUAAUAUCCAUCACCCUACCUUGGGCAUGACAGGGAGUGGCAUAUACACUCCAGUCAAAUCAUUUAUAUAUCACAACAUGGAAAGUUACGGUGGCAAGCUCAUAGUAGCAGAAAUUCCCGUCAUGAGCACAGAUUACAAAACCGAUUUGGAGCAUAAUGAAAGAUUUAGAGAGAAUGUACGUCGUUCAUGCAAUACUUUUACAAGUACCUCAGAGGAUGACCAAGUCUGCUUUAUGGAAGGACAGGAGGCCCCUGGCAAAGUAUCAGAAAAAGGAACUGAACAGUCGCCUCCCCUAUUCUAUGCAGAAAUGAUGUAUGACAAUUUUACUUUUGUUCCUGUAUGGGCAGAAAAAGGAGAACUUCAGGUUUGUGCCAAUACUCUUUGUUGCUACUUAAAUUAUAAGAGAGAUGUUUUAACUGAUGAAUUAUACGCUUUGGGAGUUUUUGAUGGGCUCCAUACAGUGAAUGGCAUAUACUAUGUCCAGGCCUGUGCAUUAGUAAAGUGUGGAGGUCUCAGCUUUAGCACUUGUGGGCAGGAGGUUACAGAUGCCACUGCUGUGAUAGAUUUCCAGCUAUGGGGAAAUAUGAGUACUCCUUAUAUCUUUCCUUUACUGCUGACAUCUGGUAUUACCUUGGACUUUGCUGAUCACAUGGGCUGGAAAAACAACCACUAUUUCCUAAGCAAAAAUAGAACUUCUAAUGGCCUACUGACAGCUGCUCUGUAUGGACGAUGGUAUGAAAAAGACUAGCACAGAUAUUUAACUGCAUCAGAUUUUCAGAGUGUGUAUCUUAACAUGAACUGUUGAACAUCUGUACUUCAGAAUCUUCAGGUACGUUUGUUACAUGACUGUCUAAUUGGAUUCUACAUUUCAAAUGAUGACCAAAGAGACUAUAAACCAUAGCGUGUACCUUGGAAGCUUAUGUCUUUCCACAAGUAAAUGAAUUUCCUUGCAAGUCUGAAGGCUUGUUACAGUGUGUUUGAGAUAUUUUAUAUUAGGAAAAUAAUCUCAUUUCAACUGAAUUUGCCCCUUUGUAUUUAGUUCUUUGGCUUUGUGGGGAUCUGGUGGGAGCGGAAAUAAAAACAGUGGAAAACCAUUUAAAAGAGAAGAAAAAUAGGAAAGGGAAUGGCACUGAUUACACAAAUAUAUGCAAGAAAAUAGAUGCAUAUAGCUUGAAUAGCGUCGGGUUCUGAUUUCUGGUUAGAGUGCUAAUGUUUUUUCCUCACUUUCAACUCCCUUCCUCCCUCCUAUCUGAAAUCUUUACCAUUUACUGACCACUUUGCUUGGCUGUUAGCAACCUCACUAACUAAGUGUAUGUUACCACUGUGAACAUCUGUGGAACAACCAGUCUGGGAAGGAGUAUAUCAACUGCUGUACUGAAACACUAGCCUUCACUAAGGCAUAAUUUCCAUGCUCCUGUGCAAGCAAUUGUGUUUAAAGAAAACUCAACAAUGAAUCUCAGCAACUAUGCUAUGUACUACUUUAGUAUUUUGACUUUCCCUUUUUUAAAGAGAAGUCAUUGCAUGCCUGUUUUGACUUAGAGGCAACUUAAACAUUGUAAAUUCAUUCAAUAAGAGCUGUGCAAAGCACAUAAUUAAUUGUGGGACAGUAGGGUUUUUACAUAAAUUGUGUGCCAGGUGGUAGGUUCCUGCUGUUGAAACACAGCAUUCUUUCCACAGCCAUAGCUAGAUGGGAUGCUAUAAAUACUGUCCUGCAAUGGCAAACUUUUACUGCAGUGGAGAUGCUUGCAAAAGGAUGUUUAAAGGAUAUUAUUUUGGGCUUAAAAUUAGAGAAAAUAAUUUCUUCUGAACCAUCAUAAUUUUGGGAGCUCUCAUUGGCUGUUACAACUUCAUCCGUGUAAUAGCUGUUAAGUAACUGACUAAUAAACACAGUUGUUCCUUUGGUGUG